AUGCAGAAUGGAUGCGAACCAAAAACUAGGUCACCUGACCCUCAGGUGAUGGCUGUCCAGAACUUUGUGGAUAACUAUGACUCUAUGCUUCCGGAUGAGCAGGCUCGGAAAGUGAACGGCAUCGGAGGAGCCAGACCUAUUCCAUCACCAAUCGGUACCGAUGGCUUCGGGCCCGAGGCCGGUAAUAUGCUGACGGUUAUUGGUCCUUGA